CCGGCCGCAGCGCUGCGGGGCCAUGGCGGAGCUCCGGGCUCGCCUCGAGGCGCUGGAGCGGAGGAUGGAGCGGGCGGAGGCGGCGCUCCGGGACCGGCCCCUGGCGGCCCUGCGGCUCCACGGGGUGGUGCUGCAGGACCCGGUGCUGUUCGAGGAUGUGGCAGUGCGGUUCAGCCGGCAGGAGUGGGCAAGCCUGGACGAGGGACAGAAGGAAAUGUACCGGAGCGUCAUGGAAGGCAACUACGAGAUGCUGGUGUCCCUGUACUGUGCCCUGUCCAAGCCUGAGCUGUUAUUACAGCUGGAAAGAGAAGAGCUGAGCACGCCGCCAGAAUCGGAGCCAGAGGCAGCAGAGGUGUCCCCAGAGCUGGCUGUAGAGCCGACCCGACAGAACUGCACCAGUGAUGACACACUGCUGGAGACAGAGACAAUGCAGAGGGGCUGCAGGGAGCCAGAGGAAAGUGGGAAUGUGGCAGAGGAAAGCAAGAACCUGGUGGAGGAAAGCAGGAGCCCAGCAGAGGAAAGCAGGAGCCCAGCAGAGGAAAACAGGAGCCCAGCAGAGGAAAACAGGAGCCCAGCAGAGGAAAACAGGAGCCCGGCAGAGGAAAACAGGAGCCCGGCAGAGGAAAACAGGAGCCCGGCAGAGGAAAACAGGAGCCCAGCAGAGGAAAACAGGAACCCAGCAGAGGAAAACAGGAGGCCAGCAGAGGAAAACAGGAGCCCGGCAAAGGAAAGCAGGAACCUGGCAGAGGAAAGCGGGAACCUGGCAGAGGAAAGCGGGAACCUGGCAGAGGAAAGCGGGAACCUGGCAGAGGAAAGCGGGAACCUGGCAGAGGAAAGCGGGAACCUGGCAGAGGAAAGCGGGAAGCUGAUGGAGGAAAGCAGGAGCCCAGUGGUCACAGAGAACUGCGGCAAACCACCCGUCCCUCUGGAAGCCGCUGCUGUCCUGGCGGAUCUCAGCCAGCUGUCCCCUCCCCGCCCUCUCUCCGUGCCCUGUCAGGAAGCCGUGGGUCAGAACUGUUCUCCCCCUGCAGCAGGAGAUGCUGAGGCGGGGAUCCCAAUGGAGGUGCCGCAGGAGAAGGUUGCUGCAGAGAAGCCAUCAAUGCCCAAAACACCCUCUAAGGGUCCUGAAGAGGAUGAGGGUCCAGAAAAGGAGACUGUGAAAGAUUCAGGGAAUACCGGCCAAGAUCUGGUGGCCAACAUUCCUGAAGAACCAGGAGAGAAGGUGACACCAGAUGUCCACAGAACGACAGAACAGGCAGAUCCCAGCCCUGGGGAGCCAAAGAAGGAUUCCUGCGUGGGCCGGCCGGCGGCCUGUCAGCGAAAUGCCGCCCGGGAGUUUUACUCCUGCCCCAUCUGCAGGAAAACCUUCCUGCUGAAGAUCAACCUCCUGAUCCACCAGCGUGGCCACACCAACUGGGUGCCCUAUGUCUGCGUCCACUGUGACCGCAAGUUCAUGUCCAAGAAGAAAAUCAGGCGGCACCUCCGUGCCUGGGCAGUCAAUGGCACCUGCCAGCCCUCAGAUGCAAAGGUGUGCCCCAGCCAGGGGCCGUGCCCAACGUCCCAGCCCCAAAAAUGGGCACCCAAUGGCUCCUGCCAGCCCUCAGAUGCAAAGGUGUGUCCCAGCCAAGGGCCGUGCCCAGCAUCCCAGUGCCCAACAUCCCAGCCCCAAAACUGGGCACCUAAUGGCUCAUGCCAGCCCUUGGAUGCAAAGGCGUGUCCCAGCCAGGGGACGCCGUGCCCAACAUCCCAACCCCAAGCCUGGGCACCCAAUGGCUCCUGCCAGCCCUCGAAUACAAAGGUGUGUCCCAGCCAGGGGCCAUCCCAACCCCAAGCCUGGGCAGCCAACGGGACUUGCCAGCCCUCGGAUGCGAAGGUGUGUCCCAGCCAGGGGCCGUGCCCAACAUCCCAGUGUCCAACAUCCCAGCCCCCAGCCUGGGCACCCAAUGGCACCUGCCAGCCCUCGGAUGCGAAGGCGUUUCCGAACCAAGGGCUGUGCCCGGCAUUCCUGCCCCAAACCUGGGCAGCCAAUGGCACCUGCCAGGCCUCGAAGCCGGAGGAGUGUCCCAGCCAGACCCUGUGCCCGUCCUCCCAGCCCCAAGCCCCGGGCAGGGACUGUGGCACCGUGUGGCAGGAGCCUGGCCCUGCCAGGUGCUCGCUGUCCUCUGGAAAAAUGAUGUACACAUGCAACGAGUGCCUGGAAACCUUCUCCAGCCAGGUCUUCCUGACGGUGCACCAGCGCCGGCACUCCGGCCACCACCUCAUCCUGUGUCCCUGCUGCAACCGCAGCUUCACCUGGGUCUCGGACUUUGUCCGGCAGCACUGGACGCACAUGGGUGUCCGGCCCCACCAGUGUGGCAUCUGCCAGAAGACCUUCAAGAGGUUCUCCCACCUCAAGGCUCACCAGAGGAUCCACAGGCGGCAGGAACAGUUCACCUGUGCUGACCCGGUGCCCAUGGUGGCGGCACCCGCAGCAGGAGACGGGGUGGGAAACCAGGACGUGACCCCCCAGGGCUGGGGCGCUGCUGUCGGACCUUGAGGUGUCCUCCUGGGAGCGGGAGGCAGCUGUUGGACCUCAGGGUGUACUCCCAGGGAUGGGAUGGUGCUGCUGAAACUUGAGGUGACCUCCCAGAGACUUGAGGUGACCACCCAGGAUGCUGCUGAUGGACUUUGAGGUGAGCUCCUGGACACAGGGUGCUGCUGGUGGACUAUGAGUUGACCUCCCUAGGACAGGAGGCUGCUGUCUGAUCUGGAAGUGAAGAAUGGGAUGCUGCUGAUGGACUUUAAGGUGUCCUCUCAGGAAUAAGUUGCUGCUGUUGAACCUUGAGCUGACCUCCCAGGAACGAAAUGCUGCUACAGGACCUUGAAGUGACUCCCAGGCAUGUAAUGCUGCUACUGGAUCUUGAAGUGACUUGCUGGGGACUGGAAGCCACUGUCAGACCUUCUCCCCUCUCUCCCUCUCCAGAUGAAGGCUGGAGCAUCAACAACAUUUUCUGUCUCCUCUGCCCUGGCGUGGGGAUGGGGGGCACCUUCCUGGCCUGUGUGAGGGGGGUUCCUUGUUCCCAAGCCCUGGUGGGGCAGGUGGGACACUGGGAGUGGGUCCCUUUUCUGGAGAGU